AUGGCCUUGAAACGAAACGACACCAUAAUUUCUGCUCGUUGGAGUUAUCUAUCUUGGGAAAUCUUCGGCGCUAGUGUAUCAAAUCAAGAGUACGAAAUGUCACAAUUGCAAUCUGGAUCAAUCGCGAUUGCGUUCAAGAGUAAGCUGGUUAUGCUGGUUAUGGCCGGCCAUUUUAAAAGUUACGAGGAAGUUAACGCAUCAAACUUCUACUCCCCUAUUAACAGACGCAUCAGGGCUGGUAGUAGCUAUCGCAACAUCGGCGGUAUCACCAUCGGCGUAAAGCGUGCCAUCAAUCAUCCCUCUUACGGACAGAAUUACAUGGAUGGUGACAUAAGUGUCGUGGAACUGCAGACGCCUCUGGUUUACGGACCAGGCAUCCAACAAGCGACUAUAAUUGCCCCCGGGAUAGAGCUACAGGACAAUUUGCCCGUCGUCCUGGCUGGUUGGGGUACUAUCGAAGUAAAUAUUCUGUUUCAUCACAAUAAGCUAUCGCAGAACGUCUUCAGUGUUGCAAUGAUUGAUGAGGUCUACAGUGCAGUUAGAAAUGCGUUACGCAUACCCGCUUCGCCCUGCGCGGGCUCCACGGGUGAUGUGGGACUCCUCCUGUGGCCCCACCCCCAAAAGGGGGCUAGACAAGAAACAGAAGUUUACCCACUAAAACUCAGCGAUGUCCCUCUCAUGGAAGAUGGACCAAGUUCACCAGUUCUUCAACACGUCACCGUCUUCACAAUAAACCGAACCAUAUGCCGGCAGAAAUAUAAUACAGAAGAUGCAAUAACUGACAACAUGAUCUGUGCUGGGAUAUCCGGCGUAGGCGGCAAGGAUUCAUGCCAAGGAGAUUCCGGUGGGCCAAUGUAUUUUCAGAAUAUCGUCGCGGGCAUUGUAUCGUGGGGUUUUGGAUGUGCACACCCAAAUUUUCCUGGGCUGUACACCGCCGUGUCGUCUUACACAGAAUGGAUUGUCGAAACCGCUGUUUAA